AUGGAUCUUUGCUGCUGCUGCACUUCUUGCUGUGAACACAGAAGGGCACCACCUAAACCAGUAAUUCAUCCAUGGAUAAUGCCCGAAAAGCCUUGGUCUCGUUUGCAUGUAGAUCAUGCUAUCAACUUUAUGGGGCAUAAUUGGUUAGUAGUCACUGAUGCAUGCACUAAAUACCCUUUUAUCCAUGCCACUACUUCAGUUUCCAGUAAGACUACAUUGGAUUUGUUAGAGGAAGAUUUUGCACACUUUGGCUAUCCACAUACCAUCAUGUCCGACAAUGCCACCUGCUUUACUUCUGAAGAAUUUCAAAACUACUGUAAGGAGAGAAGCAUCGUUCAUCUAACGGGAGCUCCCUAUCACCCUUCAACAAACAGAGCUGCUGAGCGCUUGAUUCAAACUUUCAAGCAAACGUUACGAAAGUCUCCCAAAAUACCUAAAGAAGCUUUGCUGGAAUUCUUGAUGCAAUUCAGGAGAACUCCUACCACUAGUAGCCUCUCAGCAAGUGAAUUACUCAAUAGUCGUCAAUUACGCACCAAGACUGACGUCUUGCUUCCAUCUCCAGUUCAUUUGGCCCAUCCAAAUUGA